UCAUGUUAGCAAUUAUGGAAAAGAAUCAUUCACGAUAGCAAGUCGACACAAAUCCAUAAAAGACCAAUAAGAACAUUCUUUCAAUUAAGCCAAAAGAGGCGCUGGUGUACAAAUCAACUCAUCUGGUGUAUAAGUCGGAUUGUCACAAGAGUUCGGGCUUUUCAGGUGCUUUAAUGUUUACUAAGUGAUGUUUUUGAGGUGUAGGAAUGAGAGAAAAUAACUUUUCGUUGAUUUUGACGUCAUUUCACGCCGCCAGCUCUCAGUGAGCGUUAGCUUUUAUGGAGUUUUGUGGGCGUGACUAAAUGCAAAUAGGCCGUUUUUGUGAAUGACGUUUACAGGUGUCAAUAUAGUCACGUGAGUAUGAAAUACGUCAGCGUUACCGAAAUAUGUUAAUAUGAUUAGGCCACACAAACACGUCAACUUCGACUUGACUGAAAUUCCCGAACAAGGCGCAGGAUUAGUGGCAAAUGUGAGAAAUAUGAAGUGCGUAUUUUUGCUCAGGAAAUAUUCAAAAAUACGUUUUCGAAUUUUACAGGGAGGACGAAAUCUACAACAAUCUGAAGUCCAAGAGUAAGAACUGACCAUAAAAUUCAACGUCUGCAACGUGUUAAAAAAGGUCCAGAUACUCUUUUUUUUUUUUUCCCCCCCGUAAGAUAUAAAUAAGUCAAUUAUGAAGUGACACUUUAGUCCUACAUUUAAAAACACAUCCUUAAUCACAGAUUGAACUGAUGUUUAGCAAAUUAGUGUAAAUGCAUUGUUCAUUCAUUGUUCAUUGUUAAUUAUUUUUUUUUAUUUGAUGCUUUGUGAGGCUUUUUGUGUGCUUGCAUGUUUAUCCUUUGUUGUGUGAUUACAGUAUUGUUCAUUUUUAUUGCUGAAUUACACACAGACACUCAUUUUAAUAAAAAAAUAUUUAUAUAAUCAUGUCAUAUAAAGUUGCAGUAUGAUAUAACAGCAAAAUGGGUUUGUUUUUUAGGGUUUUUUUUUUUUUUUUUUUUAAAUAUGUUCCACUGGUGAAUUAAUUUCGACUUUCAGUAAUCAGUCCCUGAUCAGGCAGAUCUGGUGAAACUUUUUGCCCAAAUGAGGUCGCACCACUAAAGUUCAUACUGUGCGUCUGAGAAAAUUUGAUCAACAUCACCCUCUAGUGGGCAUUUCCAAACAAACAAACAAAAAAAAAAUCAGACUUUAAUCAUAUCAUAUGACUGUAUGCACCAUGGCUUUCAUCCAGUAUCUUCUGCCCUGUAUUAAGGGCCAGGGCUCAGCCAGCUCCUGCAAGAAGCUUCUGGGCAGAUGUGAAUGCGUGAUCUCCUUCCUCCAACACCAUCAAGUGGAAACACCCAGCAGAGAAACGGCAGAAAAAACCACACCGAAGCACAUGUUGCCUUGGGAACUGCGACACACUCAGAGAGGGAGAACCCAUGCCAGAACACAGGCAGCAGGCACUGGCCCAAGAGGCAGAUGUCUGUAAGAGAGAACUGUAUGAAAUUGUGAAAAUAUUCAAAUAUAUUUCAUUUAAACACACCAAACAACGUUCUCUGACAAGAAUGCGUGAUCACAGUUUUAACUCCAACUGCUGCCGUUGCUUUCUUGAAUCACAGUUAGAAAAGCAGAUUCUUUUGGCUUGAGAGAUGCCUGAUCAAGUCUUGCAGGCAUUCACUAUCCCACUGGAGGCCUGAUUGUCAUGGAAAUACUGGGACAAGGACUAGAGACUACAAUUCCCAUCAGCCACUGCACCUCACCUGACCAUGUCACAUGACUGGUCUGCACCUGAUCUCAAUUUCACACUCAUCACUGUUCCCCUAUAUAAGCCUCAUCCUGUUUCAGCCACAUUGUGAAGUAAUUACUCAGUUUCCUUUGUGUUCUGUCAUUACCAUGCCUUUCAUAAAGAAAAAACAAAUAAAUAAUCCAUUCUCUCUGUCCAUUUCUGAAUGGUUUCAUUCCAAACAACAUUCAAAAUAUAAUGAGUCUUUAUUAGUCACACAUACAUUACAGCACAGUGAAAUUAUUUUCUUUGUAUACUCCAGCAUGUUAGGAAGUUGGGGUAAGAGCGCAGGGUCAGCCAUGAUACAGCGCCCCCUGGAGCAGAGAGGGGUAAGGGCCUCGCUCAAGGGCCCAACAGUGACAGCUUGGCAGGGCCGGGGCUUGAACCCCUGACUUUCCUGCUCCAUAUAUAAAUAUAAAUACAAAAAAAUGUUUGUGUAUUAACUAUGUAGUACACCCCUACCAUCGGCGCUGUCAAAAUCAUUCCAGUUUUAUUUUGAAACACGCACGUGUUCCUGUAGUGAUUAAGUCACUUGUGAAGCGUGAACCCACCCUGAGGCCAUCUGCAGUACUGCACCACUAACAGCAGCAUUUCACUGGUUUUCAGGGUCACUGGAGUCACUCAUGCCUAGGCUUCUCUAACAGGAUAAUCCUCUCUCUCUCUCUCUCUCUCUCUCUCUCUGUAGCUGUGGGGUCAGAGCAGAAUGAUGACUUUACACUAAAUUAUGAUCUGUCACACCUUCUAAACAGUCUACAGUUGCUGAUCUUUUUCUUUCACAUCCUCUUGUGCUAAUGUGUUUCUCUAUAUUGAGACCAGAGAAACAAUAAUCCACCGCCAAGGAUCAAUUAACAUUAGAUCUAUUUUACUUCUGUUAAUUGUUUAGGGGACAAACCAUUAUGAUUAUCAUUAAAAACAAAGGCCUACACUACUAGGAUACACUGCCCAAAAAUCGUACAUGAUGUGCUGUAUUUAAGAUUAUUUAUUUAUUUUCAGUGUAUAAUGCAUGCAGGGAUUUGAACCAUUAUAGGAAGGUUAACUUCAUUUCACAGUUCAUCAUUACUGAAAGCUGCUUAUGACCAAUUCUUCUUUAUAUAUAUAUAUAUAUAUAUAAUCUUAUUGUAUGUGAUUUUAGGUAUUUUUUAAGGCCCAUUACGUAUGACUUUUUCUAAUUUUUUUAGUUCCCAUAUACUGCAUUUUUAGCUCAUGUAGGUUUCCCUUAUACUGCAUUUUUGGUUUCCCCUUUUUUAUUUUUUUAUUUUACAAAACAGCUUCACCCCCUUAGGGCAUUAUUGACUUGACUGUUAAUGAGUGCGGACCUUAAUCAUCUCUUUAAUCUUCCUUUGCGUUUUACUGUGGUGUGCAUGUUUACCUUUAAGGGGUGAUGCAGCCAUGCUGAAUAGAACAAGACUGUUUUCAACAGCAGCAGUUCUCAUGUUGCUGGCAGGAGUUCAGGCUCAGCACAGUGUAACUCUCUCCUCUCAGAGUCUCUGUGCUGUUACUAGAGCUACAGUAAAAAUCCCCUGUACAUAUCCAAACUCUUAUUAUCGCAGACCGAAGGAGUGGUAUCGAGUCCAGAGCUCUGAAGGAGAACCACGAGACCUGAGGAAAGAUCCACAAUACUCAAGACGAGUGUCUGUAAGCACAGAGACGUCUGACUGUGAGCUGACAGUGAGGAAUGUGAGAGCGAGUGACUCUGGAGUUUAUAACUUCAGAUUUAAAACAUGGAGCAAUAACUGGAUAUCAGCUCCAUCUGGAGUUCAUCUGACUGUUACAGACUUGCAGGUGAAGGUGGAUCCUAACACUGUAGGACAGAGAGAACUGAAACUGACCUGUAGCACCACCUGCAGCCUCAGCACGUACCGUUUCUACUGGUACAGGAAUGGCCAAUACGAGCAAUACAUAACUGAGGCAUCGAUUGUGAUCGACUCCACCCAUCUGUCUAACGUGGGCAGCUACUCCUGUCAAGUGUACGAGAGUCAACACCGUUCUCCUCCAGCGUGUGAGUGUCAGAGUCCGUCUGUCCCUCAGCAGCAAACCUCUGCUGAUAACUAAGCACUGAAUCAGAUAGUUGGCGUUAAGGUUUUUUGUUUUUUUUAGAUGAGGACGGGUUCCCUUCUGAGUCUGGUUCCUCUCAAAGUUUCUUCCUCAUAUCGUCUCAGGGAGUUUUUCCUUUCCACCGUUGCCUCUGGCUUGCACAUUAGGGAUAAAUUCAUAAAUGUUCUGUAAAGCUGCUUUGUGACAAUGUCCACUGUUAGAAGCGCUUUACAAAUAAUAUUGAGUUGAAUUGAAUAGCGUUCACAGAUAAUGAGCUUUCAUCAACAGUCACCUCGCUGUUAAACAUAUCGAGAGAAAGAUGCUAGACUCAAGUAAUGUUAAACAGUGUAACUGUGAGGUGAGGAGAGAGCACCACGGCUUGUAGCCAAAACAUUCGCAAACAAACUGUUGAAAUUAUCAUUUGUGAACCAUAAGUCCUCUGUGUCCCUGUGUG